AUGGCCAACACGCCUCUUGAACAAAAUAUGCAACGACGGCCGUUACAGCGAAUACCAAAAAGACCCACCACGCCUGGUCACACCUGCAGUGACGAGCAGUAUACCUGUUUGGCAGCUCCCUCCUCUCAUUCCCCUAUAAAACCUUCCUCCGGGCUCCGUCAGCACCACCUCUUGCAGGACUUCAGAAUCAAGUUUGAGAAUGAGCUGGCGGUGCGCAUGUCGGUGGAGUCGGACAUCGCCGGGCUGCGAAGGGUUCUGGAUGACCUCACCAUGAGCCGGUCUGAUCUGGAGAUGCAGGUGGAGGGUUUGAAGGAGGAGCUGGUCUACCUGAAGAAGAACCACGAGGAGGAGCUCGCAGCCCUGUGUGGACAAGUUUCUGGCAGCUCUGUGAAUGUGGAGGUGGACGCCAAGCCUCAGGAAGACCUGAACAAGGUCUUGGAUGAGAUCAGAGCUCAGUAUGAGGGCAUCAAUGAAAAGAACCGCCGUGAGAUGGAGGCCUGGUAUAAGGUCAAGUUUGAUGACCUGAACAAGCAGGUUGCUUCCAGCACAGAGACCCUCCAGACCUCAAAGACUGAGAUCAACGAUCUCAAGAGGACCCUGCAGGCCCUGCAGAUUGAGCUACAGUCCCAGCUCAGCCUGAAAUCUGCCUUGGAGGGUCAGCUGUCAGAGACAGAGUCCCGCUACAGCCUGCAGCUUAGCCGGCUCCAGGCUAUGGUGGACGGCUUGGAGAAGGAGCUCGGCGAGGUGAGGGUGGACAUCGAGAGGCAGUCCAUGGAGUACCAGAAAACCGUUAAGGUCGUCGAGGUCAAAGAAGAACGUAAACCAGUCAGAACCCAGAGGAAAAAGGUGGUGAUUGAGGAGAUCAUUGAUGGGAGAGUGGUGUCCCGCACAGAAGAUGUAGACACAGAGGUCCUCAGCAAGUAGACAGACUCUCAGCAGAUCUGUACCAAAAAAAACAACCAAUAGGUGCCCUUCCUGUCCUCAGGUGUCUACUAAAGCUAUUCAGGAAGAGAAUUUGUAAAUAUUUCUCUCCUAAAUCUUUUUUUUUUUUUGCAUUGCUAUUUGGGUUUUAUUUUUCUCAGAAAAUAUUUAUUCUGAUUUAAUGUUUCAGAAAAUAACAAAGCUAUUAAAAUUGGAAUAAAAAGUUUCUAAAAACCAGCGACAACAGUCAUAGGAGUCUACUCCUGCAGUACCUCACUCAUACAUUAGGUGGCACUGUUAAGCAGAUUAGUGAAAAAGCGUUUGUGCAAAGUCAAUUUGAAUAUUAAGCUACAUUUUCAAUGUUGUAUGAAUGGAAAUAGCAUUUUAUGUAGCAAUUCUUACAUUAACAGUGCUGAAGGUGUUACAUGUUGCUUUUUAUAAGGGAGCCAAUAUCCUUGAAAUGCUUAGACCACUGUGCUGUGCUAUUCCACAGAAUGAGAGCAGACCUCGCUUCCCAUAAACAUUUGUGUCUCUGA